GGAGCUAGUGCUAGUCCACUUUCUCGUGGGUUAGGCUUAAUUUCCUGGUACAGUGGUAGAAAUACAAUCAUGAAAAUAUCUGUACUGUUAGGUUUUUUAAAACUACGCUUGAACCAUCUUAUAAUUUUAUUUUCAUUAUUCAGUUUUACAUUUGAAGAAGAUGUUCUUGGAUGUGGUGGAUUUGUAAAGUCAGAUUUUGGCAUUAACUAUUCCCGAGUGGAAAUUAAGCUUUACAGCAAGCAGGGAAGCCUUAAAUACCAGACAGACUGUGCUCCAAACAAUGGAUACUACUUAAUUCCUUUAUAUGACAAGGGGGAUUAUAUAUUAAAAAUUGAGCCUCCUGCUGGAUGGGGCUUUGAACCUACAACUGUUGCUCUUCACGUGGAUGGAGUAAAAGAUGCUUGUAGCCAAGGAGAGGACAUUAACUUUGUUUUUAAAGGUUUUUCUGUAUUUGGAAAGGUUGUAAGCAAAGGUUCUGACAAUGGCCCUGCAGGAAUCUCCAUCUUUUUGAAGACUCUUAAUGGUGAACUGCUGCAAGAAACAAAAACAGUUAUUGGUGGUGAUUAUUCAUUUUCAGACAUUCUUCCAGGAGAAUAUUUAGUGGAAGCAUCUCAUACAAAGUGGAAAUUAGAUAAUUAUCAGGAAAAGAUCACAAUAUCUCAGGAUAAUGGUAAAAUUGGCAGUGGAAUUGUAGUAGGAGGAUAUGAUGUUCGUGGUGAAGUCAGGAGUGAAGGAGAACCCAUAAGAGGAGUUCAUUUCAUUCUCUUCGACCUCAAUGAUUCCAAGAAUAUUCUGAAGAUACAGGGUUGUGAUUCUAAUCCUGUGAAAGGGUAUAGUAUACCAAGUGGAAUGAAAUAUUUGUGUCAGGUGACAUCAAGUACUGAUGGUAAGUUUGUCUUUCCAUCAGUUCCUCCUGGAAAGUACCAGCUUUUUCCUUUUUAUAAAGGAGAAAACAUUGAAUUUGAUGUAUCUCCUUCAGUAAAGGACUUUACAGUAGAACAUGGAAGUGUUGAAUUUAAAGAAAAAUUUCAAGUUCAGGGAUUUAGUGUUAGUGGUAAAGUGUUGACUGGCAUCAAAGGAAAGCCUUUAGCAGGUGCAAAAAUUCUUCUUGAUAGUAAGGAAGAAGCUCUUACUGACCAGGAUGGAGUCUAUCAUCUAGAUAAUAUGAAGGCGGGUUCCUACAGGUUGGAUGUCCAAGCUCCUCACUUUGUUUUUGAACCAGUAACUGUGAAAGUGACACCCAACACUCCUGAGCUUCCAGAAGUUGUAGCAUCACAACUUGAUUUGUGUGGCCAACUUAUCAUUUCCCAUGUGCCAUCUGGGGUUAUAAGGGAAACAGAAAGAGCUAUUUUAGUUACACAUGAAAAGAAGAAAGAUGAACUGAAAGUAAUGACUGGAAAAGAUGGAAAAUUCUGUUUGCCUGUUACUCCUGGAAAGUACAUUUUGACACCUGCUUUGUCAGAAAAAGAACAGUCAUCUGGAUUAAAAUUUGGACCAGCUGAAGUUGUAGUCAUUGUUAAUGAAAGCCCUGUCUUAGAUGUCACAUUCUCACAGUUUCGUGGAAGUAUAAAAGGAAUAAUGAAGUGUUUAACUGACUGUGAUGGUGUCCAGUUGGCAUUGGAAGCUGUGUCUUCUCAAGACCCCACUUCCCAAAUAACCAUAGUAGACAAGAAACACUUUAGUUUUGAAGGCUUGUUGCCUACUACUUAUGAAAUCUCUGUAGUUAAGGAUGAAUGGUGUUGGAAGAAGAAAGUUGAGCUAAUUGAUGUGGUUGACAAAGAUGUAACAGAUGUGCAGUUUGAGCAGACUGGUUUUUUGAUGCUUGUAACUUCUUCUCAUUUCACUGAAGCAGAGCUAGUACAUCCAUCAGGAUCUGUAGAGAAAAUUGAAGUGCCUCAAGGUACCAGCAUGCACUGUCUUCCUCUAUUUGGAGUUUAUGGUUUGAAGCCUACUGGUUGCCAUCAUUUCAAGGAGGAGGUUUUUUGGUUUGACACACUACAUCCUUCUACCAUUACUCUGCUCGCUUCUAAACAUUUGAUAGGUGGUAUUGUGUUGUCUGAAGAAAAUAUCACAAAUAUUGUUGUCUCUGUGCAGAAAGAAAAUGAUGACAAAGAUACAGAAAGAAUUAUUCUUCAAAACUCUACUAUAACAAAAGAUAAUCUGUUUGAAUACCAUUUUACUUUUUGGGCUCAACCCAGGUCUAACUUGAUCUUAACUCCAUUGUCAGAACAAAUAUUGUUUCACCCACCUUCAUUGAAAUUUUUUGUUCCUGAUGACUGUUCACCAGAUUCUGUGAGUUUCAAAGGGAAAACUGGUUUGUUUAUCCAUGGGAAAGUCAUACCACCAUUAGAAGGUGUUAAAAUAACAGUAACUGAAGUAGGUGGACAGCAACAGGUUAUUAGUAUGACAACAGAUGUCAAGGGUAGUUAUGUGGUUGGUCCUUUAGACAGUGAUUUGGAGUACAAUGUUGGUGCAGACAAAGAAGGUUAUAUCUUCAGUAAGUUGGAAAAACAAGGAAAUUUUGCUGCCUUCAAAUUGGCAGAGGUAGACAUCACUAUCUUGGGUGAAGCAAAAGAGGCUUUAUCAGGUGUGCUAGUGUCUCUUAGUGGAGGAUUGGACUACAGGAAGAACAGCAUGACCCAGACAGAUGGAAGACUUGUGUUCUCUGGCUUAAGUCCUGGGCAGUACUUCUUGAAGCCAAUGAUGAAAGAAUACCAGUUUGAACCUCCCUCCAAGAUGAUAGAAGUCAAAGAAGGAGCAACUGUAAAGAUGAACAUCAGUGGCAAGCGAAUGGCUUUUAGCUGUUUUGGUGUUGUUAACUCAUUAACGGGAGAAGCAGAACCUGGAGUUGCAGUUGAAGCUGUUGGUCAUGGGAGUGAUUAUUGUCAGCAGUUCCAGGAAGAGGCUCUCAGUGAACAAGAUGGAACCUUUAGGAUUCGUGGAUUGAUACCAGGUUGUAAUUACAGCAUCUCCUUAAAAAAAGGAGCAGAGUCAAAUCAACAUAUAGAAAGAGCUGCUCCCAAGGAGAUAAUUGUUAAGAUGGAAUCUCAGGACAUCACAGAUCUGCGAAUGAUAGUAUUUCGUCAUUUUAAUCAGAUGGACAUUAGUGGCAAUGUUGUAACAAGUCAAGAGUACCUUUCAUCACUGAAGAUAAAAUUGUACCAAGAAGACAACCUUGACCAGGCCAUAUAUACAUUUACUUUAGGGCAGAGUAGUUUUUUUCAGCUGCCUGCUCUACCCUUGGAUAACCGUAUAUAUAUACUUCGACUGGACUCCUCUCUUCCACCUAGCACAUUUCAUGUGGAUUCUCCAUCAAUUUCAUUCCGUGCUAAUACAUCUUACAGACACAUGACAUUCCAUUUCAGUCCUCAACCACGGUCUCUGGAGCAUGAGAUGACACAGGGCUCAAUUCUAGCCCUUCCACUGACCAUUGUGAUUGCUGUUUUGAUAUAUAACUAUUCUAAGGUGUUGCCCUUACUUGGCCAGGGUGUGGAACUAAUGCAGGCAUUGGUCAAUCCAGCUAAAGCUGCUACUGUUUCUAGUGCAGUCACAAACAGUGAGAACUUAUCCAGUGAACCUAUAUCUGGAAGGAAAAAAGUUAAACCUAAGAAAAUUUAGCUUUCAAAUAUUAGAAAUAGUUAAUGGUAAUAUGUUUUACAUUCAGAAGUUCAAGAAGUACAGUGUAAAUGGUAUCAAGUAAAUUUAUACAAAUGGUGAAUGCUCAGAUCUUGUGAGCUUGGAUUUUCAAAAUAAUUGGAAGUAAUAUUACAUGGGGAAUUGUGUGGAACUGCUUGUAUUUUAUAUUUCUUCUAAGUAUGGGUUGUGAGCAAUUUGAGUGUACUUGAUAACCAUAUUUUAUUGAGUAGUAUUGGAAGAAAAUGUUGAACAGCUAGUGAUCCACUAUAUCAGUACCUUUUCAUCGGUUAUUGAAAUUUAUAGGAAAAAUAGUAAUUGCCAAGUUUCCUUACUACCGUAGCAAAUGAAAUUGUAGUAUCUCUAGAAGAUUAAAAGUCCUGAAUUAAUUACUAUUCAAAAAUUAAAUUUCUGUUUUCUGGAUAGUAUUAAAAGGUGUAUACACAUUUUCAACAUUUGUAAGUGUUGUAAGAAUAGAUUUGAUCUUGUCAUCAUAUUUCGAUAAACGGACAUGAGUAAUUUGAUAUAUCUACCUGUAGUAAUGUGAAUCUAAUUAUAAACAAUUUUACUAAUUAUUAGUUAUCAUGGUUAGUUGAUAAAACUUUGAUGCUAAUGUUUUUGUUAAUGUUGAAGUCAAUAAAAAUUUUUCUUUCUUAACUUAAA